GUGUCUGUGCUAGUUGGCCCACUUUUCUACAAAAAGCAAUGCAUACAUCGUAACUGGGCUGUAACUAACUUUACUCACAUACCUCAUUAUAUUAUAUACUCUCCUUUCAACGUAUCAACAAUCAUGGCCGCUCUCGAUAAACUACCUACGGAAAUAUUGCAUAUGAUAGCCGGUUUCCUUACUAUUCGUGACAAUAUCAAUAACAUCGUACUAGAUCAAAAAGCGCUUGCAUCUCUUGCCCGUGUCAACACGCGACUACGCGACGCGUUUGAUUCAAUCCUAUGGAAAACUAAUAAAGAUCACCUAGCCCAUGAGGGCGAUGAGGAUACAUAUUACCCAAGGUCUGCUAUUCUCUGGGCCGCCAGAAGAAAUAGGAUCGACAUUCUAGAAAAAGCAUCCAAGUAUAAUUUACCAUUAGGCCUAACCCGUUGUGGCGGUCCUUUACAUAGUGCUGCUGUGUUAGGACAUGACGCUGCAGUACGCUGGUUACUCGACCAUGGAGUACCGACGGAUUCUGGGACUUCUAGGAAAACUUUCCCUGAAAAUACUCACAAGGCCCGAGACACUGUUCCGGUUUAUUACUCACCAUUGUGGGCGGCGAUCCAAGCGGGCCAGGAGUCUACGGCUCUGAUUCUAUUAUCACGUGGUGCCAAUAUAUGGUUCAGGCGAUCAUACACUCCUGGAAUCGAAUUCCCAGAGGCUGCCAUACACCAUGCUGCAUUCUAUGGCUGCACGGCUGUGGUAGAGCACCUCGUUCUAACAAUGGGAAUCGAUGUCGAUGAACUCGAUAGCAAUCUCGAGACACCUUUGAAUCACGCAAUGAAGCAGCCUGAUAACAAGGAUAUGAUCGAAACAUUAUUAGAGCUUGGUGCCGACAUAGACAAGGAACUGGGUUCGGAACUUCCUCUAACUACGGCAAUUAUAGCAACCAAUUUCGACAAUGCGAUGUCAUUUUUGGAUGCUAGGCCAAGGGUGAAUCUAAGCAACACAGGCCCAGGGAGCAUAUCUCCAUUGGCAGCAUGGGCUUCGUACAUGCCUUCAUCUGGAUGGGUGUCGGAUGAUAAGCCAACGCCAUUCGAGCACAGCGAGUUAUUUUGGAAGCUCAUCGCAUGCGGGGCCGAUGUAAAUGCACCUUGCAAUGAACUAGAUACACCCCUCGGUAUUGCCAUACAAAGAAGCAAUGCCAUAGCAAUUCGUGAACUCAUCAUAGGGGGAGCUGAUAUAGAGAAAUGUACAGGGGAUCGUCAGCUUAAGCCAAUCGAUCUCAUAUGGGAUCUUGGCGACAGAAGGGAUAUUGCUAUAAAGGGAGCUAUCUUAGUUGCAGCAGGCGCUCGUCUAGACGUUUCUUCUCGGGUGAAUUCUACAACACCUCUAGAGGAGGCUGCUUCGUAUAAAGGGGGUCAACCAAUCCUCCGCUCGUUCCUCUGCUCAGCAAGCCGACAAAGUUUUCGGGACGGAUAUCUUGACGAGGUCUUUCAAUUUUGUCUGGAGUCUCGCCGCUACGAGUCUGCAAAGAUCUUGAAAGAUCACGGGGCAUCCUCACAGGGAGCAAAGAAAGCCGUUUAUAACUGGGCACAAGACUUAGCUCGUGGUUAUCUAGAUGAUCCUUUUCAUCAGGCUUUAUCAUUCUGUCUGGAUUUCCAAUUUUCCCACGAUGAAAUCGGAAAUGUCUUCGCGAUCGCGCUGGAAUGCAGGAACUUGGAAAUAUGUCAUUUGCUUCUAGACCGUGGCUUGUUGUCGUUGUCUAAAGAGCCCAGGCCGUGGUUACAUAUGGCCGCAAGACAUGGCAGCUUUUCACUCACGCGCCGCCUAUGCAGAGCUGGGAUGGAUAUCAAUGCACUCGAUGACUGCUUUGAGACACCUAUGAUGGCAGCUCUACUAGCAAAUCAUACUAACUUAGCUGAUCUACUUUUCGACCUCGGAGCGGAUCCCUUCCAUCCUCGACCUGAUGCAGGAUGCCGACAGUUACAGAAUUCAGAUUUAGAGAUCAUAUCGCCUUUCGAGUAUGCUAUGCGAUUUCCUUGUGACCACGGAUAUGCGAGAAGAUGGUGGCAAGACUCUCCACCAGAACUUAGACCUACGGAGGACUUGUACACUUCCCGUAUUAUCAGUAGGGGCGAGGACUAUUUCGCAUUUUUAUUUUUCGAUUCAUUGCGCCGCUCUGCUGGAAGUAGUUCGAAAGAUACCGGAGAGCAGCCUACCCACCGUCAGGUCACGGCAGGUGCAGAGGAACCAUCAACGCUUAGAAUAAAGAUACUCAGCGCAGUGAAACGGUUAGCGAAUCCUUUAGAGGUAGUUGACUAUGACUUAGGUUGGUCCGGAAUCUAGGUAUGCAGAAGGGGCAAAUAGACCGAGUCCGCAACUUAGCUAGGUGUGUUACGGUUCAUACGAGGGUGAUAAGCCUCUACGAGGCUUACCAGUGAGGAGGCAACGGCGCAGCGCGCCGUUUCAAGAGUCACUGAAGAGUGAGGGUACCGUAUGAGUACAGUAAUGGUAUAUUAUAUUAAUGACUAGGAGAGCAGGUCCUAUCUAUCUAAUAAGCGUAUAAAUAGGGUAGCCCAAA